CUCUGGGGGCAGACUGCAGCGGCACCUCAAGACACAACGUGCAGGGGAGUCGUGCGCAGGCAUGAACCAAAUCGCUCGGACGACGCACGGGGAGCUGGGCAGUUGUGUAGAAUCCCAUCCCACGAGAGGUUUCAUCUGGAGAAUUUUCUAUCGCGGGAUUGUGCGAGCCUCUGAUGUUCAAGACACCAAGGACUGGCCAUUCCCCGAAUGUUUAUGGAAGAAGAAGUCUCCUACAUUGAGGACCCCAAGUGUUUUGUUUGCUGAGUCUCCAGGAAACAGGGAUAAGUGAAAAGAUCUAGCAGGCUCUGAAAGGAGCCAGAUGCUGCUGUGAUGUUCAGCGCCCUAAUAGAGCAACCUUAAAGGAGCUGGACACUGAUAAAAGAAUACUGGCUUAAAUAGCACUGCUGCCCUACCAGCAGAAAGACCUGAAACGACACAUUUUCUUUUCCUCUGAACAUGCGCGGCCUACCUGGGAGCAGGAACAGCCUGGAUGUUUGACAGAUCUUAUCGUGUUGGUCCAUGUCAUGACUUUCCUGCCUAAUACAGCUCACCUGCAAUUUGGCAGCUUUUGGGUAGGCAUUGUGGGAUGGAUUCUGUCCGCAAUAAGCACUGGACUUAUAGAGUGGAGGAUAUGGUACGUGUCCGACACAAGUAUCAUAACCUCCGGGGUGGCCUGGGUCGGAAUUUGGAAGGCCUGUUUCUUCAGCGACAAGCUGGUGUCUUCUGAGCUCAAGGUGAUGUACUGUCAGAGAAUUAAUAUUUCAGACCCUUUCGCUCCCACAGAGAUCUACGUGGCCCAGGGACUCAUGGUCGUGGCCAUUAUUGCCGGAGCAGCAGCGAAAGCUUCCUCGGUGUAUGCCUUCAGGAACAUCUACUUCGGAAUCAAUGAGUCCAGACCCAUACGAAUUGCCCUUUCGCUGGGAGGGGCUUUAUUUAUUUUUUCUGGGGUGUGUGUGUUAAUUCCUGUUUCCUGGAACAUGAACUCCGUUGUUGAAAACAGGCCCAUAAACUUUCCUUCAGAAUUCCACAUGCCCUCUUCUCCUUCGAGGCAAGAGAUAGGCGCAGGCAUUGCGGUUGGGAUUGUGUCUUCGGUUCUGUCCAUUUUCACUGGGCUGGUAUUUUUAGUUUACAAGUUUCCAGAGAGACAGAAUCCCAGAGUCCAGCCCCUUAACCCAAGAAUAGACGACUUUGAAGGCUCAAGUAUCGGAACAUCCUUUUCCAGCAGGUCAGGGUCAGCAGUAAGCAGGGAUAUUCGGAAGUCCUUGCACGGAGAGGACAAUCUUGCUUUCCAGUCAGAGAAGUUAUAGACUUUAAUGCUGGGUCACUAAGGGACACUAACACUAAGCAGUGUAUAAUGUGAUGUUCAAAGUCCUUCUGAUAUUUUUUAAUAAAUUCCAAACUGAAAGAAAUAUUUCAGUGUGAAUUUGUGAAAAUAUGUAGGAGAUGCAAUCUGUAAGUAGCAGUACUUGAAACAUGAAGCCCAGAUACAAAAAAAUCUCAGGUAAAGUAUGUUGCUGGUAAAAUAUAGCACCUCUAUAAUGUUAAUUAAAAAAUGUUGUUUUAUAUAAUAUUUAACUUGGAUUUCUAUGAAUAGUCUAACAUGCUGGGUAUCUGACUUCUCUAUGUAUAUUUUCUUCAGGUUUCAGUUAACAAUUGGCAGUGUUCUGUAGGUUUAAAUACGUUUUACAGCUGUGUUGUGUUUGUUCCUGGACUAGAUAGCACUUGUGAGGUGUCUAUGUUGGAACAAAAUGCUCCCAGACCUAUUAUUAUAAUUAUUAUUAUUAUGCUGCUUUGAAAUAUAAUAAAAUAUAUAAAUAUAUUAGAUGGUAGUGUGGAUGGUACAGUAUUACUUGCAUGUUUCCAGUAAAGAGAAGAGCCAGGGAAAAUGUUUACCUUUUAGUGUAGUAUCAGCACAGGAUAUGUUUCUGUGGGUUGAGCACUUGAGAAUUGAGAAGAUAUACAGACCAGCUACUUAGGGGACAAUGCACUUUUGAAACACUUAACAUAAAUCAUUGCUUUGAUUCCAAAAGGGCUAAUUAAGCACAGGCCUUUGAACAUCUUUCAAUGAGUUCACUGUGGAACUUUACCCUGUUCUGAUGGUAUGAUAAGCAUAACCUGUAUUUUAAAACAUAGAUAUGUACAGUAAUAGCUCAAAAGCUGUUUUAUUCU